ACCCCUGGAAUGUUUAUUUAUUUUCCUCAAUUUCUCUUGAAUUUCUGCUAAAACAGGAGGAAAAAUGCCCGAAAGAAUGACAGACGAACGAAAUUUCAGAUCGUCCUACUUGGAGAAACUCGGAUGCCGCAGCGUCGACGAGAGAAAAAACCUGGAAAUUUUGCUGUACAAAGAAAAUCCCGUAAAUAAGAUGAAAUUGAAGGAGUUUUGUUUACGUUUUGUCAUUCCAGCUGAUUAUCGCAAAAAUUUGUGGAAACUCCUGUUGGGCGUGACACCGUUGUACAGCGCAAACCUGGAUUUCGUGUUGGAACAGCUCUCGGCCAUUUACCAAGACCUCCUGAAAGCACUGCAGAUAAUGCGGAUCACCACAGACAGAGACGGCGGCGGCACGAAUGUGGCAAUGUCGAAGUCAAAAAUUUUUUAUGCGAUGUUUUUGCUUGAAAAUAAGCAGCUGCACUUGAAUUUUAAUCUAAAUCAUCCAAACUCUUUUACGAAAAUCGCAGACACAAUUCUCGAGAUCGAUGGCUUCGAUAACGACGUGGAAUCGUAUUUUUUGACAAAAGGCUUUUACGAGUUGACGAAAGCGAUCACCUCGGAACUGCCGGCUUUGAUAAAUCUCACCCAAAUUACCCUCGAAAAGGAGGAUAACGAAACGUACAAGCACAUUUGUGCGAUCGGAGCGAAUAAUCGGCUGCCGUACGAGACGUGGUACCAAAGUUGCUUCUCGGGCGUCAUUUCGGAACGCGCUCUUGCCCGAAUCUGGGACCGAAUUUGCGGCGGAUCCAUCAAAAUUGUCGUUUUUGUGCUCGUCAUCAUCCUCAUUACGUACAAACGGAGCGUGUUGCAGAUGAAGGAAGUGCAAGAAGUCGUUCGAAUGGUCGAACAGCUGAAAGACGAUCCAGAUGCAUCGGAAUUAAUUGUCAGCAAAGCGAUUGAAUUUUGGCAACUGAAUAAGGGACACACCGAAUUUUCGUCAAAAGGAAAGGCAAUAAAUUAAAUUUUUAAAAAUUAUUUUAAUGUCUUGCUAUUUCGAAGACUUUUCGAGCGGUUCCUGGCGCUGGGUAGGGGGCGUCACGAUGUUUUGUCUUGCGGUGCUUCGUCAUGUUGCCGUAAUCGUUGUUCAUGUGGU